AUGACUUCGAGAGACGGUCUUAUAGAAUGGAUCAAGGGUCUGCUGGCGGGACCUUUCGUUCUCCACGCUGCCAAAACAAACGGUGUAUCUGUUACUGAUGAGCUGAAAAUCAAUGCUGAUGCUAAACGGCGUUAUGCGGAGAUUUUUCUCGAUAUCGAGAGGUUGAUCGAUGAUCAGAGUAAGUUGUUGCUGACUCUUGGAAGUUUGCUGAGACUUUCAGUCUUUCUCAAGUCUACGGCUAAUUACUAA